AUGUCGAGGUUCGAGGCCCCGUAUCGCCGAUCGCAGUCCAUCAUGAACCACUCGGAGCAGCACCGCGGCACGCCUGUGCUGGAGGACCAGCACUACUUCAGUACCUACAGCCCCCCCCCCAAUAUCCGCCGUGGCACGCGCGGCGUCUCGGGUGGAUUUGUGGCGAUGGACAAUGGAAGCAUCAUCCGCAGCUCGAUUGGAAAACGCGUUAUCACGAUGAGUCUGACCAACGUGAGCGCCACGGCGCACCAGCAGCUCAUCUCGACGCCUCGCGCGGCGCAAAAUACUAUUGUUCGCGUGAUUAAUGAGGACGUGACGCAGCAGUUUCGACGUCGAUCCAUGUCGGUUGUACAGGGCAGAUUUCGCUGGUCCGAAGUACCGAAAGUCGCAGCUGAAGCCGAAGACGAUGAUGAUCUAAGCGAGAUCCAGUAUCGGCGCGCCACUGGAGCCGAUAUGGCUGCACACGUACAAGACUUUGUAAAUGAGUUUCGAAAGGUCGCGUCGAAGUGUCAAAGCCGUGGGGGUUGA